GCUCCGUAAAUUCCCGCCCAUGCCUUCCCUUCUUCGUAUCGUCCGUGCCCGGCCUCCUCUCAUUCUCCUCCCCCAAACAGCCACAACACUGACAAGACAUUCAUUCCUCUGUCCUCCUCCCUCCUGCUGCUGCUGCUGCUGCUGCUAUUGAGCAACUACUCCUAAAGUUACUUCUCCUAAGUCGAUCAAAAAAUGGCGCCUUCUGGUCGUCGGACGAGCAAUGGCCGAUCACCGCUUGUCAAUCAACAGCAGCAGAUCACCUCUUUCUUCUCCAAGAAGACAUCAUCGUCGUCAUCCCCAUCACCAACUGCUCCCCCCUUAUUUUCCACCCCCAAGCUCACCACUAAGAAACCUAGCCCUACCACUGAUUGUAGCCCCAGCUCCAGCCCGUUCACUCCUUCACCUCUCGAAACCAGACCAAAGAAACCGUUACUAGUCAUCCGCCCUUCCUCACCUUCUGCUUCGGCUUCUCCCAUGAAAUCCUACGGACCUGAGGUUGUCGAUAAAAGAAUUAGGGUUUACUGGCCGUUGGACCAGUCGUGGUACCAUGGCUGCGUCAAACAUUUCGAUGAAAUCUCUGGUAAGCAUUUGGUUCUCUAUGAUGAUGCGGAUGAGGAAUUAUUGAACCUCGCCGAGGAAAAGAUUGAGUGGCCGGUUGGGGAGGUACCUGUCAGGGGGAGGUUCCGCCGUUUGCGACGGAUUUCAAUUGUGGAAGAUGAUGAGGAGAACGACUGUGUGGAGAAGGAGAGCGGUGGCAAUGAUGAUGAGGAGUCGGGAUGGAAUGCUGCGGAAAGAGAGGUGGUCGAGGAUGUUCCCGUGGGCAUGGAAUUGGAGGAGGAUUAUGAUGGAGUGUGUAGUGGAAAAAUAACUAGUGGAAGAAGCAGUAAGCGUAAGAUGGGUGGGGCGGCGAAGCUGGGUGCUAAUUCUUCUAAGAAGAUAAAGAAUGUUGGAGAUACCGAGCAAAUUGACAGCAAGAUUUCUUGUCAUGUCAAGGGUGAAAAUUUGAUUGCACCUGCUGGGAACAAUGUAAUUAGUGAGAAGGGUAUUGAUAGUUGUAGAACUUCAAUAGAUGUUGCCGAAGAAAGAUUUGGUGCACGCGAAGCAGGAAAGCUGUGGUUCUUGGGGAAGGACCGUAGGGAUGCCAAUAGACGACGUCCUGGACAUGUGGAUUAUGAUCCAAAAACUUUGUACUUGCCGCCAGAGUUUUUAAAACGUUUAUCAGAUGGCCAGAGACAAUGGUGGGACUUUAAGUCAAAGCACAUGGACAAGGUUAUGUUUUUCAAGAUGGGCAAAUUUUAUGAACUCUUUGAAAUGGACGCACAUGUUGGUGCCAAAGAGCUGGAUUUGCAAUACAUGAAGGGAGAUCAACCUCAUUGUGGCUUUCCAGAAAAGAACUUCUCAAUGAAUGUGGAAAAACUGGCAAGAAAGGGUUAUCGUGUUCUUGUUGUGGAGCAAACAGAAACACCUGAGCAGCUUGAGAUGCGUCGCAGAGAGAUGGGCUCUAAAGAUAAGGUUGUAAAACGUGAAAUAUGCGCUGUAGUCACAAAAGGAACAUUAACAGAAGGAGAAAUGCUCUCAGCAAACCCUGAUGCUGCUUAUUUGAUGUCAGUGAUUGAAAACUUUCCAAGCUCAGGAAAUCAGCUUGCACAGCAAAUAUUCGGUGUAUGUGUGGUUGACGUAGCCACAAGCAAGAUUAUGCUUGGACAGUUCAGGGAUGAUUCAGACUGCAGCAUCCUCUGUUGUCUAUUAUCUGAGUUAAGGCCGGUGGAAAUCGUUAAACCUGCUAAACUGCUAAGCCCUGAGACGGAGAGACUACUUCUACGACAUACACGGAAUCCUUUAAUUAAUGAGUUGCUUCCUCUUUCGGAAUUCUGGGAUGCAGAGAAAACCAUAAAUGAAGUAAAUUGUAUUUUUCAGCGAAUUAAUAAUCAGACAUGUUCUUUAUCUCAAAAUGGUGCAGUGUCACAUGCAAUUCAAUCUUCAGUUAAAGAUGGUGGGGAAUGCUUGCCAGACAUUUUGGCUGAGCUUCUGGCUGCAGGGGAGAACGGAAGCUAUGCACUCUCAGCUCUUGGAGGCAUUCUUUUCUACUUGAAGAAAGCUUUUCUGGAUGAAUCUCUACUUAGAUUUGCGAAGUUUGAGUCACUCCCGUGUUCUGGUUUGGGUAAUAUUUCUCAAAUGCCAUACAUGGUUUUGGAUGCAGCUGCUUUGGAGAAUCUUGAGAUUUUUGAAAACAGCAGAAAUGGAGAUAGUUUUGGGACAUUGUAUGCACAGAUGAACCAUUGUGUGACAGCUUUUGGCAAAAGGUUACUUAAAAAAUGGCUUGCAAGGCCUUUGUGUCAUGUGGAAUUGAUACAUGAACGCCAGGAUGCUGUAGCAGGACUAAAGGGAGUUAAUCUACCUUCCGUCCUUGAGUUCCGAAAAGAGUUGUCCAGGCUUGAAGAUGUUGAGCGUUUGCUUGCACGCAUCUUCGCAAGCAGUGAAGCCAUUGGAAGGAAUGCAAAUAAAGUAAUCCUGUAUGAGGAUGCAGCAAAGAAGCAGCUUCAAGAGUUUAUAUCAGCUUUGCGUGGAUGUGAACUCAUUUAUCAUGCAUGCUCUUCACUUGCUUCAAUUUUGGAAAAUGUGGAUUCGAGGCUAUUACAUCAUUUAUUGACUCCUGGUAAAGGUCUUCCUGAUGUACAUUCAGUUAUGAAGCACUUCAAGGAUGCUUUUGACUGGGUGGAAGCAAAUAAUUCUGGUCGUAUAAUACCUAGAAAAGGGGCUGAUAAAGAAUAUGAUGAUGCCUGCAAAAAUGUCAGGGAGGUGGAAUCUAAUUUGAUGGAACAUUUGAAGGAACAGCGCAGGUUACUUGGAGAUGCAUCUGUCAAUUACGUUACAGUGGGGAAAGAUGCCUACCUUUUGGAAGUGCCAGAAAGUUUGUGCAGGAGGACUCCGCGUGAUUAUGAGUUACAAUCAUCUAAAAAGGGUUUUUUCCGUUAUUGGACCCCCGUUAUCAAAAAGUUGUUGGGUGAGCUGUCACAGGCGGAAUCUGAAAAGGAAUCCAAGUUGAAAAGCAUCUUCCAGAGGUUGGUUGGAAGAUUCAGUGCGCAUCAUAAUAUGUGGAGACAGUUGGUUUCUACUGCUGCAGAGCUGGAUGUUUUAAUUAGCAUCUCUAUUGCAUGUGACUACUAUGAAGGACAAGCUUGUCGUCCAAUUAUUACUGGCUCAUCGUCUCCAGAUGCAGUGCCCUGCCUUACUGCCAAAAGUUUAGGGCACCCUACCCUUAGAAGUGAUUCUCUAGGCAAGGGUGGCUUUGUCCCCAAUGAUGUUACUCUUGGUGGUUCUGAACAUGCCAGCUUUAUCUUGCUCACUGGGCCUAACAUGGGUGGAAAGUCAACUCUUCUGCGUCAAGUUUGCUUGGCUGUUAUUCUGGCACAGGUCGGAGCAGAUGUACCAGCUCAAAGCUUUGUCAUGUCUCCUGUUGACCGCAUCUUUGUUCGAAUGGGUGCAAUAGAUCACAUUAUGGCAGGGCAAAGUACAUUCUUGACAGAACUUUUAGAAACUGCAUCUAUGCUGUCAUUGGCAACUAGAAAUUCAAUUGUUGCAUUGGAUGAGCUUGGACGAGGAACGUCAACUUCAGAUGGACAAGCAAUAGCUGAAUCUGUUCUUGAUCACUUUGCCCACAAGGUACAUUGUCGAGGAAUGUUCUCUACUCAUUAUCAUCGAUUGGCUAUUGACUAUGAGAGAGAUCCCAAGGUUUCCCUGUUUCACAUGGCAUGCCAAGUUGGCAGAGGAAUUGAAGGUCUGGAGGAUGUUACAUUUCUUUACAGGUUGACCCCUGGUGCGUGCCCCAAAAGUUAUGGUGUCAAUGUUGCAAGGCUAGCUGGACUUCCUGAUGCUGUGCUCCAGAAGGCCACAUUGAAGUCUCGAGAUUUUGAGGAAACCUAUGGGAGAAUAAAGGGACCGAAGGACAAAUUUUCAACUCAUCAGAAAGAAGAGCUGAAAAAUGUGAUGAAGAAUUUAUCAACCAUUGUGGCCAACAACAGUUGCCAUCAAAGUGCGGUUUCUACGCUAGCCGAACUGCAAGGAAAAGCAAGGUUACUUCUAGAACGAAGUUAAAAAGGCAAUCACUCCAUUCUGUUGUACAGUAUUGGCUUCUUCUGAUUACUUGGAAUGAGGCACAACCGGCCAUUGGCAACUUUGCCCA